AUGCGAGAACGGCUCGACGGACGAGAAGAAAAACUUUUGAGAGAAGCUGAGAGAUUACGUAAACUCGCGAUCUCUGGCGUCGCCUUUUCAGUAAUCGCUGCAUUUGUCUGUAUUCUCACCGUGCCAAUUGUCUAUAAUUAUGUUCAAAAUUUACACACACUUCUUCAGAAUGAGCUCGACUUUUGCAAGGCUAGAUCCUCAUCAUUAUGGCAACAAGUGGGCAAAACGCAACGAGCGCACGGUCAACAACUUCGCCAAAAGAGAGACUAUUGGGGCUACUCCGUUCACGCACACGCUGACGCGUCAACGCUGAGGAAUACGAGAGGAUCACAAAGGGAUUACGAGAGAGAAGAUGAGACAUAUUAUGCAGCAGCAAGUGGCAUAAAGUAUAGCACUGAUGAAAGAGAUAACGGUCCACCCACUCAACGAACCACAACAACCACAAGGCCGACUACGAGAUCUACUUAUCAAAGACCCACUACAACAAGGAGUCGACCUGCACCAAUCACUUAUCCAGUUGAAGAGGAUGAAGCUGUGGAAACAAGAGUUCCGGCUAGUGACUAUCGAAAGGAAUUCAACGAAGAAACUAGUAGAGAUACAAGGGCAGAAGAAUCUUAUCCAGAAGAGGGUAAGGAUGCUUAUCCAAUGAGUCCACCAAUUGGAGAUAUCAUUGAAAUACCAGGAAUCGAGAAAUUACAUUAUCAGUUACAACAGAAAGCUAAGAUGGGAGCUCCCGGAGCAACUGGUGCUCCAGGAUGUGGUUGUGGAGUUGGAGCUCCCGGAGCAACUGGUGCUCCAGGUAGAGAUGGAAAAGAUGGACAAGAUGGAGCUCCUGGCGAAGAUGGAAACCAUGGAAGUGAUUCUCCUGAUGAUCAAACAUUGCAAGGCUACGAUUACUGUUUCACGUGUUCCGAUGGACCUCCCGGACCACCUGGACCCGCUGGAUUAAAGGGAGAGUCUGGUUUCCCUGGAGAACCUGGAGCUGAUGGAGAUAUUGGAGAAGGAGGAGCUGAUGGACCACCUGGUCCACAAGGACCUAGAGGAAAGCCUGGACCACGUGGUCUUCCCGGAAUGCCUGGACCUAUUGGACAAGUGAUCGAGAGAGAAGGACCACCUGGAGAACCUGGACAGCCAGGACCCCCAGGCUCUGCAGGACCAGUUGGACCAGAAGGAUUGCCCGGUAUUCCCGGUAUUCCUGGACCAGGAGGAGAACCAGGAGACCCGGGAAAAGAUGGAACACCAGGAAAGGCCGGCAAACCCGGAAAGUCCGGUCCACGUGGUCUUCGUGGAGAGACAGGAACGUGUACUCACUGUUCUCCACCAAGGACAGCACCUGGAUAU